AUGGCGUACCAGCCGCCCCAGCAGCCGCAAGGCUACGCGCGCAACGACCCCUUUGGCUCGCAGCACGGUCACCCCGCGUCGUCGCAACAAGGGCCGCCGCCUCAGCAGCAGGGCCUCUACUCGCAGCCUCAAGCCUACGAGUCGACCUCGUCAGACGACUUCCACCGCGAUCCCAGCACCGGCCACGGCAACAACGGCGGCCGCGACUCGCCCGCCGCGUUCAGCGACUACGAGUCGUCGUCGGCGCACUACCAGGGCGGCGGCGGGCAGGGCGGCGGCAUCGGCGGCGGUCCCGGCGGCGGCGGCGCCAACGCGUCGUUCGCCCGCCUGCGCGAGCCGUACCCGGCCUGGUCGUCCGAGGCCGACAUCCCGCUCAGCAAGGAGGAGAUCGAGGACGUCUUCAUCGACCUCGCCAACAAGUUCGGGUUCCAGCGCGACUCGAUGCGCAACAUGUACGACCACCUCAUGCUCCAGCUCGACUCGCGCGCGUCGCGCAUGUCGCCCAACCAGGCCCUCCUCACCCUCCACGCCGACUACAUCGGGGGCGAGCACGCCAACUACCGCAAGUGGUACUUCGCGGCGCAGCUCGACCUCGACGACGCGAUCGGGCUCGCCAACAACGGCGUCGCGCGGCUCGCGCGCAAGGCGUCGCGCAAGGCGGGCGUCAAGGCGGUCGCGACGCCGGCCUCGGUCAAGACGCUCGACUCGGCCAAGCAGCGCUGGCAGCAGGCCAUGUUCCAGAUGUCGGCGUACGACCGCGUGCGGCAGCUCGCCCUGUACCUCCUGUGCUGGGGCGAGGCGGCCCAGGUCCGGUUCGUGCCCGAGUGCCUGUGCUUCAUCUUCAAGUGCGCCGACGACUACUACCGGUCGCCCGAGUGCCAGGAGCGCGUCGACCCGGUCCCCGAGGGCCUGUACCUGCGCGCCGUCGUGCGGCCCCUGUACCGCUUCAUCCGCGACCAAGGGUACGAGGUCAACGACGGCGUCUUUGUUCGCCGCGAGAAGGACCACGAGGACAUCAUCGGGUACGACGACAUCAACCAGCUCUUCUGGUACCCGGAAGGGCUCGCCCGCAUCGUCCUCGCCGACAAGACUCGCCUCGUCGACGUGCCGGCGUCGCAGCGCUUCAUGAAGUUCGACAAGAUCGAGUGGCACAAGGCGUUCUUCAAAACGUACUUUGAGCGCCGCUCGUUCCUCCACCUCCUCGUCAACUUUAACCGCAUCUGGGUCCUCCACAUCUCGGUCUACUGGAUGUACACCGCCUACAACUCGCCGUCCAUCUACACGAGCUCGACCGAGACCGAGCCUCCCGCCGCCCUGCGGUGGUCGGUCGUCGCGCUCGGUGGCGCCGUCGCGUCCCUCAUCCAGAUCGCCGCGACCGCCGCCGAGUACUCGUACGUCCCGACGACCUGGAACAACACGUCGCACCUCCUGCGCCGCAUGGCCGCCCUCUUUGUCUGCCUCGCCAUCACGCUCGCCCCGACCAUCUGGAUCGCCGGCUUCGACUCGACGUCGCAGGCCGCCCUCAUCGUCGGCAUCGUCCAGUUCGCCCUCGCCGUCGUCUUCGUCGUCAUGUUCUCGGUCAUCCCGUCGGGCCGCCUCUUUGGCGACCGCGUCACGGGCAAGUCGCGCAAGUACCUCGCGUCGCAGACGUUCACGGCGUCGUACCCCAAGCUCCUCGCCCGCCAACGCGUCGCGUCGAUCCUCCUCUGGGUCCUCAUCUUCGGAUGCAAGCUCACCGAGUCGUACUUCUUCCUCACGCUCUCGUUCGAGAACCCGGUCCGCGUCAUGGUCGGCAUGCGCGUCCAGACGUGCAACGACGCCCUGUUCGGCAACGGCCUGUGCCGGUACCAGCCGGCGUUCGCGCUCGCCAUCAUGUUCUGCAUGGACGUGUGCCUCUUCUUCCUCGACACGUUCCUGUGGUACGUCAUCUGGAACACGGUCUACUCGGUCACGCGCUCGUUCUCUAUCGGCCUGUCGAUCUGGACGCCGUGGAAGGACAUCUUUGAGCGCCUGCCGAAGCGCAUCUACGCCAAGCUCCUCGCGACCAACGACAUGGAGAUCAAGUACAAGCCCAAGGUCCUCGUCUCGCAAAUCUGGAACGCCAUCAUCAUCUCGAUGUACCGCGAGCACCUCCUGUCGAUCGACCACGUCCAGCGCCUCCUGUACCACCAGGUCCCGUCCGAGCAGGACGGCAAGCGCAUGCUCCGGGCGCCCAUGUUCUUCAUCUCGCAGGACGACAAGGGCGCAAAGACCGAGUUCUUCCCGCCCGGGUCCGAGGCGUCGCGCCGCAUCUCGUUCUUCGCCCAGUCGCUCACGACGGCCAUCCCCGAGCCGCUCGGCGUCGACGCCAUGCCGACCUUUACCGUCCUCACGCCGCACUACUCGGAGAAGAUCCUCCUGUCGUUGCGCGAGAUCAUCCGCGAGGAGGACCAGAACACGCGGGUCACGCUCCUCGAGUACCUCAAGCAGCUCCACCCGAUCGAGUGGGACAACUUUGUGCGCGACACCAAGAUCCUCGCCGAGGAGUCGGCCGACCUCGACGUCGACGAGAAGACGGACAAGAAGACGGACGACAUCCCGUUCUACACGAUCGGCUUCAAGUCGGCCGCGCCCGAGUACACGCUGCGCACGCGCAUCUGGGCCUCGCUGCGGGCGCAGACGCUGUACCGCACCGUGUCGGGCUUCAUGAACUACUCGAAGGCGAUCAAGCUCAUGUACCGCGUCGAGAACCCCGAGGUCGUCCAGUUCUUCGGCGCCAACACGGACCGCCUCGAGCUCGAGCUCGAGCGCAUGGCGCGCCGCAAGUUCCGCUUCGUCGUCUCGAUGCAGCGCUACGCCAAGUUCAGCAAGGAGGAGAUCGAGAACACCGAGUUCCUCCUGCGCGCGUACCCGGACCUCCAGAUCGCGUACCUCGACGAGGAGCGCCCGCGCCAGGCCGGCGGCGAGCCGCGCAUCUUUUCGGCCCUCAUCGACGGCCACUCGGAGAUGCUGCCCGACGGUCGCCGCCGCCCCAAGUUCCGCAUCGAGCUCCCCGGCAACCCGAUCCUGGGCGACGGCAAGUCGGACAACCAGAACCACGCCGUCAUCUUCCACCGCGGCGAGUACAUCCAGCUCAUCGACGCCAACCAGGACAACUACCUCGAGGAGUGCCUCAAGAUCCGCAACGUCCUCGGCGAGUUCGAGAGCUACCACGUGUCGCCCAAGAACCCGUACUCGCCCGACGGCGCCAAGGACUUUGCGCACAACCCGGUCGCCAUCGUCGGCGCGCGCGAGUACAUCUUCUCCGAGAACAUCGGCAUCCUCGGCGACGUGGCGGCGGGCAAGGAGCAGACGUUCGGCACGCUCGCGGCGCGCUCCAUGGCCUACCUCGGCGGCAAGCUCCACUACGGCCACCCCGACUUCCUCAACGCCAUCUUCAUGACGACGCGCGGCGGCCUGUCCAAGGCGCAGAAGGGCCUGCACCUGAGCGAGGACAUCUAUGCCGGCAUGCUCGCCAACGAGCGCGGCGGCAAGAUCAAGCACACCGAGUACUACCAGUGCGGCAAGGGUCGCGACCUCGGGUUCGGCACCAUCCUCAACUUCACGACCAAGGUCUCGUCGGGCAUGGGCGAGCAGAUGCUCUCGCGCGAGUACUACUACCUCGGGACCCAGCUCCCGAUGGACCGGUUCCUCACGUUCUACUACGGCCACCCGGGCUUCCACAUCAACAACAUCCUCGUCAUCCUGUCGGUCCAGCUCUUCAUGUACACGCUCCUGUACCUCGGCACCCUCAACAGCCAGCUCCCGAUCUGCCGGUACACGUCGUCGGGCCAGUUCGUCGGCGGCCAGGGCGGCUGCUACAACCUCGUACCCGUGUACGACUGGAUCAAGCGCUGCGUCAUCUCGAUCUUCAUCGUCUUCAUCAUCGCCUUCCUCCCGCUCUUCCUGCAAGAGUUGACGGAGCGCGGCGUCAUCCGGGCCGUCAUCCGCCUCGGCAAGCACUUCCUGUCGCUGUCGCCCUUCUUCGAGGUCUUCAGCACCCAGAUCUCGAGCAACUCGGUCAUCAACAACCUGUCGUACGGCGGCGCGCGCUACAUCGCGACGGGCCGAGGCUUUGCGACGACGCGCAUCUCGUUCUGCAUCCUCUACUCGAGGUUCGCCGGCCCGGCGCUGUACCUCGGCCUGAGGACCCUCCUCAUGCUCCUCUACAUCUCGUUGACGCUGUGGAUCCCGCACAUCAUCUACUUCUGGAUCUCGAUCGUCGCCCUCUGCAUCGCGCCGUUCCUCUUCAACCCGCACCAGUUCUCGCUCGGCGACUUCAUCAUCGACUACCGCGAGUUCCUGCGGUGGAUGUCCCGCGGCAACUCUCGCGCGCACGCCAACUCGUGGAUCGGCUACUGUCGCCUGUCGCGCACCAAGGUGACGGGCUUCAAGAAGAAGAAGAUCGGCCACCCGAGCGAGAAGCUGUCGCCCGACACGCCGCGCGCGAGGUGGAAGACGAUCCUCGUCAACGAGAUCCUAUCGCCGUUCGCCCUCGCCGUCGUCCUCUCGGUCGCGUACCUGUUCGUCAAGUCGUUCGCCAACCCCGAGGUCAAGGGCCUGUUGCGCCUCGCCGUCGUCGCCCUCGGCCCGAUCGUCUUCAACGCGGCCGUCCUCCUCGUCCUCUUCUUCACGUCGCUCUUUGCCGGCCCGCUGUGCGCCGGCGGCAAGUUUGGCUCGGUCAUCGCCGGCAUCGCCCAUGUCCUCGCCGUCGUCGGCAUGAUCGCCUUCUUCGAGUUCCUGUGGGUCCUCGAGCGGUGGAACUUUAGCCACGCCGUCCUCGGCCUCAUCGCCAGUAUCGCGAUCCAGCGGUGCAUCUACAAGAUCUUGAUCGCUGUCGUCGUCUCUCGCGAGUACAAGCACGACGAGGUCAACCGCGCGUGGUGGACCGGGAAGUGGUGGGGUCACGGCAUGGGCGCCUCGGCGUGGACGCAGCCGGCGCGCGAGUUUGUCGUCAAGGUCGUCGAGAUGGGCCUCUUCUCGGGCGACUUCUGCGCCGCCCACUUCCUCUUGUUCCUCCUCGCCAUCCCGACCCUCAUCCCGGGCUUCAACACGAUCCACGCGACGGCGCUCCUGUGGCUUCGUCCGUCGAAGCAGAUCCGCGCGCCGCUCUACUCAAUCAAGCAGCGCAGCAUGCGCCGCAAGAUCAUCGCCAAGUACGGCAUCCUGUUCGGCGCCGUCUUUGCGUGCCUCGUCGCCCUCAUCGUGGUGCCGUUCAUCCUCAAGAACACGCUCGACCUCAACCUGUCGGGCGUCAACCUCUGAGCGACGUCGGCGCUCGGCCCCCUUCCAUCUUCCUUCCCCUCCUCCUUAGACGCCUUUUCCCGCCUUUACGCCUGUACAGAGUACACCCUCUCCCACCCCCACCCUCAACCGCUGGACGACUCGCUUGCAGUAGUACACAGACACUUCUCCCUUCCCUCUUUCCCCUCGUCCUUCACGACUCGCGCAUCCCCUCGCUCGCAUACCCGCUCCCUCGCCUGAGCCUCUUUCUCUCUCUCUCUCUCGGCUGCUGUCUGCAACAACAGAGCAGCUUCUCGCACUC